UCUUAACUCAACUCUAACUCUAACUCUUCCCUCCCUUUUUCUCACUCCCCCACUCCCACUCACCCUCUCUCUCUCUCUCUCUCUCUCUACAGUAUCUCCCACAAUUCUCACCUCAAGAUCCUCACUUUUUGUUCCUUUUCUUCCUCUAGCUUUCCCUAGAUCCAUUUAUCGCAUUCCUCUGCAUUUCAUGUUUCGCCCUCUGCUACUGGGAAUUUUGCUCCAGAUCUCUGCCGCACUUCGUGGAUCUGUGAAUUGCUCGCAGAAAUUGGCUGCAUUGUUGUUUUUGAGCUAGGGUUUGCUUUCUGCCGUGCUACAACUGAGUAAUUCGUGGUUUUAGUGUGCUAAAAUCGAUAUGCGAAGUUCGAAUUUCCGAGGAGAAGUGAAUGCAGCUUGUCGGCGGGAAGAGGUAGUCGAGAACCCUAGACAGCUCUGUAGAGUGCUCAACGAAGAAAUUGUUAUCUGGGAACAACAAUGCUAGUGAAUUUCAUUCUGGAGAGAAGAUGCUCGUCUUUUUUCUUCCUCUGCUCGCUCUGCUUCCUACAAAUUUCGGGACGCCUUCACAGCCCAUCUACUUGUCUCCAUCCCAGUUGCCAUCUGUACCAUCAUCUACAAGGAAGAAUUCUCUAGAACAUGUGGGCGUGGCAUUGAUGCGGGCAUCAUUUAAUCCAUUUAUUGCUGUCCGAAGACGAAAUUUUAACUAUUUACCAGCGGCACCGGCUCCAUCUCCUGCAUCACAAGUUCCACUUUCUAGUCCUACUCGUAGUACCUUGCCUAGGCAUCACCGUCAUGGCCACAGAACCAGAACCCAUGCAGUUUCUCCGUCACCUUCUACUAUACCAGUGAAUAUGACAGGUUGUGGUCAAACUUGCGUGGAGCCACUUACUUCAGCUCCAUUCGGUUCACCUUGUGCUUGUGUAUUUCCAAUGAGAGUCAGACUUCUCCUAGGGGUAUCUGUCUAUGUUAUCUUUCCUGAGGUCACUGAGCUGGAGAUUGAGGUUGCGGCAGGCACAUAUCUAAAACAAAGUCAAGUGACCAUAAUUGGUGCAACUGCUGACGAUCAAAAUCAGGAAAAAACAGUGGUGGAUAUUAAUUUAGUUCCGUUGGGUGAGAAGUUUGAUAAUACAACUGCCACCCUAACUUAUCAAAGAUUUUUGCAUAAGAAAGUGCUUCUGAACAGGACCCUUUUCGGUGAUUAUGAUGUAUUGAAUAUUUCUUAUCCAGGGCUCCCUCCAUCACCUCCAUCUGGCAUUGUAUCUGGUGAGGGUCCUAGGGGAAGCACUGGAAAUCAGCAAUACCCUAUUUCUGCUGAUUUCGUUGGCAAGAAACAGAAAAUGAACCCUCGAAUAAUCUUUGUCAUUGCUUUGUCGGCUUUCGUGCUCCUGGUGAUCUGUUUUGCUGCUAUUGCUGUCCUCUUAAACUGCAGGAAGGCUGGCAUGCCAUCCAAUGCUGUUGGUCCAGUAUUCACUCCAUCUAUAAACAAAAGAUCUGGAAUAGGAUCUAUGCUGUCAAGUAGCCCUGUCAGCUCAACAUCAGCCUCUCUUAUUUCUGCCAUGCCUGCUUCUGUCCUCUCUGUUAAAACAUUUACCCUUGUAGAGCUCGAGAAAGCCACUGAAAAGUUCAGUCCAAUAAAGGUAUUGGGUGAAGGAGGAUUUGGACGUGUUUAUCAUGGGAUCUUGGAGGAUGGAACUGAAGUUGCUGUGAAAUUACUGACACGGGACAAUCAAAAUGGGGACCGUGAAUUCAUUGCUGAAAUCGAGAUGCUAAGCCGGUUGCAUCACCGUAACCUUGUCAAGCUAAUUGGUAUAUGCAUUGAAGGUCGAACACGCUGCUUGGUCUAUGAGCUAGUUCCAAAUGGCAGUGUUGAAUCCCACUUACAUGGUGCUGACAGAAGUAAAGGACCUCUUGAUUGGGAUGCACGGUUGAAAAUAGCUCUUGGUGCAGCAAGAGGAUUGGCUUACCUUCAUGAAGAUUCCAAUCCUCGUGUUAUUCAUCGGGACUUUAAAGCUAGUAAUGUUUUGCUAGAAGAUGACUUUACUCCCAAGGUCUCUGAUUUUGGUUUGGCACGGGAAGCAACAGAAGGAAGUCAUCACAUAUCUACUCGAGUCAUGGGAACUUUUGGGUAUGUUGCUCCUGAAUAUGCAAUGACAGGACAUUUGCUUGUCAAAAGUGAUGUUUACAGUUAUGGGGUUGUGCUAUUAGAACUGCUCUCAGGUAGGAAACCCGUCGACAUGUCUCAAUCUCCUGGGCAAGAAAACCUUGUGACUUGGGCCCGACCUUUGCUGACCAGUCGAGAAGGUUUGGAGCAACUAGUAGAUCCUUCGUUGGCUGGGAGCUAUAAUUUUGAUGACAUGGCAAAGGUCGCUGCCAUUGCCUCCAUGUGCGUUCACCCUGAGGUAACUCAUAGACCCUUUAUGGGAGAAGUUGUCCAGGCACUCAAGCUCAUCUACAAUGACACAGAUGAGACCUGUGGAGAUGCUUAUAGUCAGAAGGAAUCCUCUGCUCGUGAUUCAGACUUCAAGGGUGAUUUUGCCCCUUCUGAUAGCAGUUGGUGGAACGCCGGUGGUAUUACCCCUCGUCUAACAUACGGGCAAGCCUCCUCUUUCAUAACAAUGGAGUACAGUUCAGGUCCUCUUGAAGAGUUAGAAAACAGACCAUUUUCAGCUUCAGGUUUGGUGGAGAGCGGUGUUGCCUUGCCAAUCAGGCACGGUAACAGAUCAGGUCCUUUGCGAACCAUCAGGAGUAACCGAUCUUUUUAUAGACUACAAGGUAGCAUGAGCGAGCACGGGGGGCUGCUUGGAAAACGUGCUUGGAACCAUAACGAGUAUGAAGGUUCUCUAUAGUAUGUGUUUUUAAACUGUACAGUGCCGGAGGACCAUUGGCAUGAGAUGAGUGGUUCUUCGGGUGUAGUUUUACUACUUGAAAUUCGCUGGAUUUCCUUGUUGAAAUAGGGGAAAGUUGGAGGGUUCAAUGGCUUCUAAUUUUGUUACUCUUGAAAUUCAUUAACAUACCAGCUGUAAUUUGGAGUGCCCAUGUUGUAUAUGCAAAUUGGUAUAAUUUCUAACUAAUUUGCUUGGAGUGGUUGUAACUUGUAAGAGCAUAUGAUGAAGACUCUAUUCUUUGCAUGCCCCAUAAUCCUUGGAUGCUUUAUUGGGCUCAAGAGUAAUUCUUGGUCGAAAUUUGGAUAAAUAGCCCCUUUGUUUA